AUGAUUUUCAAAUCUCAUGGAAUAUGGGAUUUAGUUGAAAAAGGGUUUCAAAUUCCAGAUUCAAAGGGGAAGAAGGUGGAUGAUGCAGGGUCAUCGGAUUCUGAGAAGGAAGCUCUGUUAAUGAAGGAUGCUAAGGGUCUGCAUCGUGAUUUUGAGUACACAAGGAUGAGGGAUGAUGAGACCUUGUCUGGGUAUCUCACUCGCCUACUUGAGCUUGUGAAUCAGAUGAAGGGAUAUGGGGAAGAUCUAUCCAAAGGAAGGUUAGUUCAAAAACUACUUAUAAGCCUGACUAAGGAGUUUGAUCCUGUCUGUUAUGUGAUUGAACAAAUGAAGGAUAUUGAGACUAUUGAGGUACAAGAAGUGCUUGCUGCAUUGAGGGGGUUUGCUCAGCGGCUUGAUAGACAUGCUGAGAGCACCACUAAGAAAGCCUUCAGCAGCAUGAGCAUAAACCGAAAAAGAUCUCAGUCAAAUUCUAGUUUUGGUUAUAGCAAAUCAAAGAAGAACUGGAAAUCGACGGGUAAGAAAUGGGAUUCAAAAUCUCAAAAUAAUGCCAACCAAGGAGGAAAGCAUGAACAAGGGGAAAAAUCAGAUCAAACUAAAGGAAAAUGCAAACAUUGUGACAAGCUACAUUGUGGUGAGUGUUGGUUUAAAGGAAAACCAAAGUGUCAUGGCUGCAAUCGAUUUGGGCAUUUUGUCAAGGAUUGUGAUCAAGCAAACAAGGCAGGGAAGCUUGCUAACAUUGCAAAUCAGGUAACAGAACCUGCAACUAUGUUUUAUGCAUGUCAUACUGCAACUAUUGGAAAGAAUGUGAAUAUGUGGUAUGUUGAUAGUGCGUGUAGCAAUCACAUGACUUCCCAUGAGUUCUUGCUUGUAAAUGUUGAUAAAAGUGUGAAGUGUAAAGUCAAAAUGGGGACUGGUGAUCUAGUGCAGUCAAUAUGUCAUAUCCCGGGAUCGGCUCCGCCGUAG